CAGUAACGCACCGUAGGAAGAAAAUAGGUUAGACAAAGGAUUAUGACAUGGCUAUUUGAAGGUUUUUAUGCAAACUAUUUCAUUACAAAGCGAGUAUUUGACAGCUUUAUGACAUGAUCACAUGUUGAUAAGGAGCUGAGCAAAAAAAAAAAAAAGCUUUCUGAUGCGUUGUCAGUUGAGUGUCAUUGAAUGUCACCUUUUAAACAAGUGAACUGUGUGCUGCCCUUCACCACAUCAACACUGCUAGACUGACGUUAUUUGAUUAUUAACAGAGCUGUGCAUAUAUUAACACACCAAUCCGAAACAUCCCCAGUUGAACCAGCGUGGCCCUACUUUAACAGUGAUAGUCAGCAGCAGUGUCAGUGGUAUCACAUUGUAACACUUACUGCCUUAACUAAGAAUGCACCCCGAUCUGUCGCCCCAUCUACACUCUGACGAGUGUAAUCAACUGAUAACACUUCUCAAACAAUGCCACAAGGAGCACAACAUCCUCAGGUUCUUCGGCACGUGUAAUGAUGUGGACCAUGCAAUGCGCAAUUGUCUCAAGAAAGAGGAUACUCAACACCUGCCGACGCACUGUGGAGAAUCAGGAUGCUGAGGCCCGUUCACCAGCAAAGUGGCGAGGCAGAGAGAUGUUCGCCGGAGCACUGCAGGGGAGCGGAGAGUCUUCUCGCUGCCUUGAAGAUUCCGCCCGCUGACAAAAAAGUAAAGAUGGAAGAGUUAUCUAUAUAAUGUGUGGUUUUUAGUAAUAGUGCUUCAAGAUGCAUCUCUCUUUGUUGCAUGUUGGAUGCUCUUUCUUCUUAAUAAUAACUAAUGAAAUGCCCCAAUAAAUUACUUUUGACCAAACAAAUGUGCUUAAAUUAUUCAAGUGCAAGGGCUUAUGGGUAUUCCCCACAACCUUAGUUCUGGUCUUGAUCGUUUGAGUUAGUAGUACUUCAAAUCUUAAUUUUAUGGAUGUUUAAGCCAAAGUCUUUUGAGUUCAAGGAACUCAAUUAUUAUUUUACUUUAUGUAUCACUCUGUUCACUUUAUAAU